AUGUCCUCCGCCGAUGUGCGCGACAUGCUGGAUCUGCCUGCGGAGGGCCAGCCCAGACCGCAUAAGAAGCAGAAAGUAGUAGAGAAGCGACCAGAGGGUAUUACCCGUGAACUCUACGCGCUACUGGGCGAACGUGCGCCGCCAAUCGCCAUUAAUGAGAACAAAUACAAGGGCCGCCCGAAGUUCAUGAACAAGCUUCGGGUUCGACCAUGGAGCAUGACCCCCUUCACAAACAGCGCUCGAACUGACGACCUUGUCUUGAACCACUGGCAGCGAAAGCAUGAGACGACCCGGCCCCCCUUGCCCGAGGUAUCUCAAAUUGAAGUGGAUGGACCAUGGGAAGAAGGCAAAGAGGAAGCAAAUAAACCAGCCGAGCUGGAAUAUCCAUUCGCCAAGUUCAACAUCAAGGCGCGUGUUCCGAAGCCGUACACAGAGGAAGAGUAUAAUCGAAACCUCAAAAACGACGACUGGACUCGUGAAGAGACAGACUAUUUGACGGAAUUGGCACACGAAUACGAUCUGCGCUGGGUGCUAGUCGCAGACCGAUACGACUACCAACCGCGCGUAAACUCCGAGGUAAAUGCCGGCGCACUCGUACCCGCCAAGACCUAUCGGACGAUGGAACAGAUAAAGGCACGGUACUAUUUCGUCGCAGCUACGAUGUUGGCGAUUGAGCACCCGCCCUCCGAGAUGUCUGUGGCCGAGUUUGAACUACAUGACAAGAUGCUUAAGUUUGACCCUGACCGAGAACGAGAUCGCAAGGAAUUGGCCGCACUACAACUCAACCGCUCAGCUGAUGAGGUGCGCGAGGAGGCAAUGUUGCUAGAAGAAUUGAAGCGAAUCACCGCAAACGAGCAGACCUUUGUAACCGAACGCCGCGAACUCUACUCCCGCCUCGAAGUCCCCAUCAGCGUCGGCAACACUGCCAUGUACCAGUCCAGCCAAGGCCUGCACCAGCUCUUACAAACCCUCUUACAAGCCGACAAGAGCAAGAAACGCCGCUCAAUUCUCGGUCCUGAUGGCGUCAUUCCCAGUCCGGCAGGUCAAACCCCUUCAGCGAAUGUCCUCAGCCGUGCCGAAACUCCCAGCACAGCUGCAGCAAACAAGAAGGGUUCCAUUGCCCAGCGUGAGCCACAGCACACAUUGCGCACACUUACCCCAGCCGAGGAAGCCAGAUAUGGUGUGCAGCAUCACGAGCGUGUAUCGGCCGGUGUGCAGUUCCGCAGUGACCGUGCGCAGAAGCUCACGCAGGCCAAGUCAAAUGUCCAAACCCAAAAGCUGGCCAGCGCCCUUUCCGAGCUCGGUAUUCCCCUGCGCCUACUCAUGCCUACCGAUCGCGUGUGCAAGGACUUUGAGAAACUCAUUCAGGCUGUCAACUUGCUAUUGGAUGCUCGCAAGGUCGCUGAGAAGGUGGAGGGCGAGAUCCGCGUUCUCGAAGCCGCAAAGGCUGAGCGCGAGAGGAAAUCGAAUGAACAUCCCGAGGUUAAGACCGAAGCGGAAGAUGGCGCACAUGGCGUUUUGAAAUCUACUGUAGAUGUCUCUGGACAAGCGGAUGGGAAUCACAAGCGGUCUGCUAGUGUUCUCAGCACUGUCAGUAACAAAAGUUCCAAGAGACAGCGUCGGUAG